ACCAUCCUCCUAUAAAGACGCCCACCAGAAAGUGAGAGAGAAGCUUUCACGUCGUGGACCCUGUAUCAGCCUCACACCCUCCAAGGAGAAUGAGCGAGCAGCUUCGUAUCCCAGGCUUUUGCUCGACACAACUCGGAUCAAGCGUCUUUGCAGCUCAGCUUUUCUCCUUUCUUCCCUGCUGAUACUCGACGGGAAAGGCCCACUCGCAGGAGCACCAGGGUCCUUGAAAGCUGAGAGAUAAGAAAAAACUUCUGUAGAGCUAGAGCUGUCACUAGUGCCAAUAUUCCUACCCUGUCUCGUCACUGCAGUGCUCCUCACUAUUGACCACCACGGCCCGGCCAUGAAUUCCCACGCAUCAAAGCUGCUGUUGUCACACAAUCCAACGGCGCCGCUUAUGAGCUGUCCAGUUUACCGGCUUGGAAAAAAAUCAGUCCACCCGACCCGAUUCCGAUCUUUCCCGGGAUUCCCCGCUAUGCAAAAGCUUUCUAGCUCCUCGUAGCUUGUUUCAUAUUCCUGCGCCCACUCGCGCUUCGCCAAUCUACCUCUUAACCACCUUUUACGAGCUGCUUUCUUUCCAAUCUCUUCCUUUCGUCCUCCUCUGCUGCUUAUGCUAUUGCUGCUUUUGCUCAUCUCGCUUGCUUCCACUCCACCUUCGGCCCCGGACAGGAGAGGAGAGCCUUCAUCCCUUUCCUGGCUCCAACAAUGCGCUCCAUCAUCGCCUUUCGGAUUCUCUCUCCCACGGAAUUCCUCAUGUAGCGCUCUACAUGGCCUGGUGCGCUUAAUGAAACAGUUUCGUAGUCUGUCUUGUCACUGUCUCUCCUUCCUGCGGCCGAGCUCGUGAAACUCUGCUCAAUUUGCGGUUCGCUUUUGGAAGACAGCCAGGAAGUGGAACCGAGUCGCCUGCCCCCCUGCUUAUUAUAUCAACCAUGCUGAUCCUCGCAGGCAAUCACGGAGUGGUAGCAGCGGAAGAAGCAGCAGCAGCUGAGUCGCCGUCAUCUAUCCUUUGCUAGCUUUCUACCAUGAAGAAGCCGUCGUUGUCGUCGUCGUCGUCGUCGGACAUGCUGGUUAGAAAGCUCUGCUUCAUAGUGGUCACUGUAGCCGUCUUGAUCCGUUGCUGUGCUGCCGAUCCCCCGGAACAAGAGGCUCUCCGCGAGUUUUUGCUUGCUGCCAAAGGCUCCGAACUGCUCAAGUCAUGGAGCACGUCAAGCUCGAGCCCCUGUUCUUGGCUAGGUGUCUCGUGCUCCUCCAACGGACAUGUGGUGGAGUUGUCGCUGGGAGGCCUCCCGUUGUAUGGCAGAAUUCCAACAGUGUUUGGUUUCCUGUCCGAGCUGAAAGUGUUGAAUCUCUCGUCCACCAACCUCACCGGGAGCAUCCCCGAAGAACUUGGGAGCUGUAGCAAGCUCCAGCUGCUCGAUCUCAGCGUCAACAGCCUCACCGGAAGAGUCCCGAGCAGCAUCGGUCGCUUGAAAGAGUUGCGCUCGCUCAAUCUCCAAGACAAUCAGUUGCAAGGCUCCAUCCCGAAGGAAAUUGGCAACUGUACUUCCUUGGAGGAGCUCCAGCUUUUCGACAACCAGCUCAACGGUAGUAUCCCUCCGGAGAUCGGCCAGCUCGCGAAGUUGCAAGCGUUUCGAGCAGGCGGCAACAUGGCAUUGUCGGGACCGCUUCCCCCGGAGCUCUCCAAUUGCAGGAACUUGACUGUCCUUGGGCUGGCGGUGACGGCACUGUCCGGAAGCAUACCAGGCUCGUACGGGGAGCUCAAGAACCUCGAAAGUUUGAUCCUUUACGGCGCUGGCAUCUCGGGUCGAAUUCCUCCGGAACUCGGUGGCUGCACCAAGCUCCAGUCCAUCUAUCUCUACGAGAACAGGCUGACGGGUCCAAUACCACCGGAACUGGGACGUCUCAAGCAGCUCAGGAGCCUCCUCGUGUGGCAAAACGCGAUAACAGGUAGCGUCCCUCGCGAGCUCAGCCAGUGCCCGCUGCUCGAAGUCAUCGACUUCUCGAGCAACGACCUCUCCGGUGACAUCCCACCCGAGAUAGGAAUGCUGAGGAACCUCCAGCAGUUUUACUUGAGCCAGAACAACAUCACCGGCAUCAUCCCCCCGGAGCUCGGCAACUGUUCCAGCUUGACGUUUCUGGAGCUUGACACCAACAUGCUCACAGGCCCCAUACCCCCGGAGCUCGGCCAGCUUUCCAACCUCAAGCUCCUCCACCUGUGGCAGAACAAGCUGACCGGCAACAUCCCCGCAUCACUCGGACGUUGUAGCCUGCUCGAGAUGCUCGACCUGUCCAUGAACCAGCUCACCGGAACUAUUCCUCCCGAGAUCUUCAACUUGUCAAAGCUCCAGAGGAUGCUCCUCCUUUUCAACAAUCUUUCAGGUACGCUCCCUAACAACGCCGGGAACUGCAUCAGCUUGCUGCGGCUGCGCUUGAACAACAACAUGCUGUCGGGAAGCCUGCCUAUCAGUCUGGGCCAGCUCCGAAAUCUCAACUUCCUCGAUUUGCACGACAACAUGUUUUCGGGACCACUUCCCACGGGAAUCUCAAACCUCAGCUCGCUGCAAAUGCUCGACGUGCAUGAUAACCAGCUGUCUGGGCCGUUCCCUGCCGAGUUUGGCUCGCUUUCGAAUCUGGAAAUCCUGGAUGCCUCGUUCAACAACCUGAGUGGUCCUAUUCCUGCGGAGAUUGGCAAAAUGAACCUCUUAAGUCAGCUCAAUCUAAGCAUGAACCAGCUUUCAGGGGACAUACCUCCGGAGAUGGGACGUUGCAAAGAGCUCUUGCUCCUCGACCUCAGCAGUAACCAGUUGUCCGGGAACCUUCCACCAGACCUGGGAAUGAUAACCAGCCUGACCAUCACUCUCGACCUCCACAAGAACAGAUUCAUGGGGCUCAUUCCAUCAGCUUUCGCACGUCUCUCUCAGCUGGAGCGUCUGGACAUCUCUUCGAACGAGCUGACAGGAAACCUCGACGUCCUCGGCAAGCUCAACAGCCUCAACUUCGUCAACGUCUCGUUCAACCACUUCUCGGGAUCCUUGCCGGGUACUCAAGUCUUCCAGACAAUGGGCCUCAACUCCUACAUGGGAAACCCCGGCCUCUGCUCGUUCUCGUCGUCGGGUAAUUCCUGCACGCUGACUUAUGCCAUGGGAUCCUCCAAGAAGUCGUCCAUCAAGCCAAUCAUCGGUCUGCUGUUCGGAGGAGCUGCUUUCAUCCUCUUCAUGGGCCUCAUCCUCCUGUACAAGAAGUGCCACCCUUACGACGAUCAGAACUUCCGAGACCACCAGCACGACAUCCCCUGGCCAUGGAAGAUCACCUUCUUCCAGCGUCUCAACUUCACCAUGGACGACGUGCUCAAGAACCUGGUUGACACGAACAUAAUCGGCCAGGGACGGUCCGGAGUCGUGUACAAAGCAGCGAUGCCAAGCGGUGAAGUGGUCGCCGUGAAAAAACUCCGCAGGUACGACAGAAGCGAGCACAACCAGAGCGAGUUCACGGCGGAGAUCAACACCCUGGGAAAGAUCCGCCACCGGAACAUCGUCAGGCUCUUGGGCUACUGCACCAACAAGACGAUCGAGCUGCUCAUGUAUGACUACAUGCCGAACGGUAGCCUCGCGGACUUCCUGCAAGAAAAGAAGACGGCAAACAACUGGGAGAUCAGAUACAAGAUCGCUCUAGGAGCAGCGCAAGGACUUUCAUACCUCCACCACGACUGCGUGCCAGCGAUCCUCCACCGGGAUAUCAAGCCGAACAACAUCUUGCUGGAUUCCAGAUACGAGCCUUACGUCGCCGACUUUGGCCUCGCAAAACUCAUCGGCUCUUCCACCUCUGCGGCCGAUCCCAUGUCCAAAGUUGCCGGAUCAUAUGGCUACAUUGCUCCAGAGUAUAGCUACACGCUCAAGAUCUCUGAGAAGAGCGACGUUUACAGCUAUGGAGUAGUGCUGCUGGAGCUACUGACCGGCAGAGAGGCUGUCGUUCAGGACAUCCACAUCGUGAAAUGGGUCCAGGGAGCUCUCCGUGGCAGCAAUCCCAGCGUGGAAGUCCUGGACCCGAGGCUGCGAGGAAUGCCGGACCUCUUCAUCGACGAGAUGCUCCAGAUCCUCGGCGUGGCGCUGAUGUGCGUGAGCCAGCUCCCGGCCGAUCGACCGUCGAUGAAGGACGUAGUGGCAUUCCUCCAAGAGGUGAAGCACAUCCCGGAGGAGGCAUCGAGCAUCAAGGUCCCAGCCGCCGCCCCUGCCGCCGCCGCCGGCGACCAGCUCUCGGAUCAAAUGCCCCUAUUUUGCAAGAAUCGCACCGCCAGCACCUACGAAUUCGUGUUCGAUGACAACAGCAGCUCGCAAUCCGGGGGAUGCUGAUGGCCGAUCGCGAAGGAGCGCUGCGCCGCGCGAGAUGAUGAUCCAUCGUGAACCCAAGAAAAUUUUGCUCGAAUGGAAGAACCCUAAAGUGUACGGUCGCUUUGUAAAAUUAAAUUCUUUUACGCCCUU